AUGAUCAAUGCAUUUUUGGUCUUCAAUGGCCAAGGACAACCACGGCUGACCAAGUUCUACACACAACUGGACACGUCCAUACAACAACGCCUCAUCUCGGAAAUCUUCACGCUCGUGUCCAACCGCCCCUCUGGGUCCUGCAACUUCCUCCCCCUCCCGCCGCUCCUCGCCGCCUCCGGUACCUCCCACUCCUCCUCAACCGAGCAGCAAAACGACGUGCCCUCGCUCGUGACCUACCGCCACUACGCCACGCUCUUCUUUAUUGUCAUCUCCACCGCGACCGAGUCCCCGCUCGCCCUCAUCGACCUGAUCCAGGUGUAUGUGGAGGCCCUGGACAAGCUGUUUGAGAAUGUAUGCGAGUUGGAUCUGAUCUUCAACUACGAGAGCCUGCACGCCACUCUGGCCGAGAUGAUCGUCGGCGGCGUGGUCAUCGAGACAAAUCUGGACCGGAUCGUGGCCGGUGUCAAGGCGCAGGGGACGGUGGCCAAGAGGCCGGUCAACGAGUCGAGGGGUUCCGGCCUGGGCGCAGGGCUGGGCAUGGGCGUCUGGACCGGUAGAUGAGGGAUACCGGGUUGGCAACGGCGCCGGAAGCAUCUGUUUGAGAUACACACAUCCACUCAGGAUGAUGACUACUGCUACUACUACUACCGCGGAGAGUGCUCUCAGUCGAGCCCUCUGAUCUAGUCUGCACGCCGUGCGUCGAGACAGGCCGCGGUGCCACGAGCGACACGUGCCAUGAGACAGGACCGCUCAUACGACGGGGUUCUUCAAGAUGACGCAAUGCAAGUCCGACACGGCCAUGGGAGAAGAGAUGCUCGAUUUUCUAAGUAGAUGCUUCAACUCUACCAUGCUCAGGGGGUAUCUAUCCCCAACCAGAACGCCGGGAAUGCAGACGGGAUCGUUACAAGGCCUGUUUGUACAAUGACCUCCAAUUGAGGCCGAGGACAUGCUCUCAGCUGGUUUCUCUCUUCCGCACAGGGUUUGAAGAAGAAUGCCCAUAGUCAAAUCCAAGACUGUUCC